AUGCGGAUAUUGUCCCGUCUCCUCUCUCUCUUCCCCAUGCGUUACGUCGGUGAACGGACUGGAUGGGGAGACGGCAUGGAGGAGAUGGUUCACUUGAUUCCGGACGGGAUUGCGCAUUUCGAUGGGCCCCAAUGGACAUGUCUUGAUAUUCCCCGUCGACAAGGGCGAGACAUGAACCUCGUCGCUUUCAGCACAACCGCAGACGAAUGGGAGGACCAUGUGCGCUUGACCAAGCCCGCUCAUCAAAACGAUCUCCUGAAAGACUUUGAGGGCUUCGCACCCUACAUCCAGAAACUUCUGAAACUUACCAAGCCGGACUUGGACAUUUGGGUAAUCUUUGACCUAGGCGACCACACAGUCCUCACCUUCUCCAAAGGUCGCAUCUGCCUCGUCGGUGACGCCGCACACGCCACAAGCCCUCACCACGGCUCCGGCGCAGGUUCCUGUAUCGAAAGCAGUGCCAUCCUCGCUUCCAUGCUCGCAUCCGACAAGGUCUCUACCGUGGCCGACGUCCAGAAAAUCUUCGAGGUCUUUGAUGCCGUUCGUCAUGAACGGUGUCAGUUCCUUGUUCAAGGCAGUCGGUUCAGCGGUGACUGUUACGAAUGGCGCGCUCCUGGUAUCGGAAACGACUUCAAGAAGAUUGAGCAGGAAAUCAACAGGAGACAUGCCAUCAUUUCAGAUGUGGAGGUUGACAGGUUUGUUGAUGAGGCGAUGAAGGAGUUGAAUAAGGGACUUUCUGCUUAA